AUGGAGCACAGUUAUAAUCUGCUUGUUUCAAGGGAACAAACAGCAUUUAAAGAUACUUGGAGUAUUCUGACCGUAGCAGAUAAAAGAUAUAUGGAACAGAGAAAUGUUUAUCCCAGCUAUUGUACAGAUUUGGAAGUGAUCGAUCGUGAAUUAAAAAUCUUACAAUCGUUGAAAUAUGAAAAUGUUGUUGAAUUAAUUGAAUGGUUUCGUGAAAAAAAACAAGUCUAUCUCGUAUUCGAAUAUGUUGAAUGGAAUAUGUUACAAGUUUUGCAAGAUCAACCAGACGGUCUGCCAGAUAAUCAGGUUCGAAAUCUAACGUAUCAACUAAUCAAUGCCAUUUACUGGUGUCAUUCACGAGAAAUUAUUCAUCGAGAUAUCAAACCAGAAAACUUAUUGAUUGGCAAGAAUUGGGUAUUAAAAUUAUGUGAUUUUGGUUUUGCCCGUGAAUUGGACAAAGCAUCCUGUGAUUAUUAUACAGAUUAUGUGGCAACUCGUUGGUACAGAGCACCAGAAUUGUUAAUAGGUUUACCCUACGGAAAAGGCGUGGAUGUGUGGGCAAUUGGUUGCAUUAUGGCUGAAUUAAGUACCGGCCAAGCAAUAUUUCCAGGCGAAAGUGAUAUUGAUCAAUUGUAUCGUAUUCAAAAAUCACUUGGACCAUUACCAGCGAAACAUUUCGAAGCACUGAGAUCAAAUCCAAAAUUUGAAGGAUUAAAAUUUCCUGCAAUUCAACAAUUAGAGACACUAGAACAACGUUAUAAUCAUAUCCUAUCAUCAGAUUUACUCAGUUUGUUAAAGAUUACACUUAGAGUAUCGGCAAAUGAUCGAUGGACAGCUGAACAGUGUAAGCAACAUGAAGCGUUUGCCCGAUAUCCACAUCAUCCAGCUGAACAACAUCCAAAACGCCAACAACGUGCGUAUGAGAAUCGGCAACGUACCACUUCAAUUCGUGAUAACGAAGCUGUCGUUCCUAAUGUUUCUCAUUCUUCGUUUAAACAAAAGCGCUCUAACGAAAUCGAUUCAAGAAUACCUACCAUUAUCGAUAAUGUAACUGAUAUCUCAUUUAAUGAUUUAUCACGGACAACCGUUUUUAUACCACCACCACCAUCACGAAUAGAGGAACAUUCGAGAACAUCUUCACAACAAUCGACAGCACAAGUACGUUUAAAACGACGAAAUACACAGACAAUACAUAUAGCAGAAAAUAAUGAAACUUCCUCUCGUACAAGUUAUCAUCAUCAUCAUCAUGGAAAACAUCCACUAAAAAUAUCACCAUCUCGAUCAAGGCUAUCACAAAGGGAACGAUCUUUAUCUUCCAGUGACGAUGGGAGUGACGAUCAACGGCCUCCGCGUCAAAAAGCAAGCAGACAGAAGAAUAACCAACAACAAACAAUUAAACCAACCCAUCGUCCCAGUUCGGAUAGUAGUGAAGAACUCAGUAUUUUUUCGUGCAGUAAAAAAUAUUUGAAAAGUCAAUUGAUGAAACCAGCCGACAUGAAAAUUAGUCGUCAGCAAUCGCUAGAUGAAAGUCAGCAAGUUUUAAUGCAGCAGCAGCAGCGACACCACCAACAACAAAUUUUAAACGUUACAAAACCUGUCUACACAUCAAAUGGCGUUAUGCUUAGAAAACAAUCAAAAGAUAUAAAUAAACGAUUUAAACGGUUUAGUCUUGAUAAUGAACAGUUAGAAAAAAUAGAUAAACAAAAUCAACAACAAACUCCAGAGCCAAAUAUUUACCGUAGUUCGUUGGCCAUCGUACCAAAUGUAAAUAAUUCAAUGUACGGAACACAUAUCAAUACAACGUCUUCCUCCUCGUCAUCAGAUCAUAAUCCAUUACAGCAACAGAGAGAGAUAAGAGCAUUACAAUUAAACAACAACAGAGAUGAAAUCAAUACUGUGGAACAAAGACCACGGACUCGAGAUUGGGCUCAUGAACUGACUCGAAGUCGAACAAUUGAUUGUCAUCCCAAUGAAACACCGAUUAUCCGAGCAUGCUCUAGACAAACAACUUUAAUAGUGGUAGAAUAUGAACCAGAUACUCUCGAACAGACUGACAUUGAUUCCACCGUUUCAUCAAUGUUGGGUUCUAAUGUACCUAGUUACUGCACAAGUCGUAGCUUGGAACAAACUCAAAAGUAUCCUUGGAACAAUGAUCGACGUCCAAUAUACGGAAGCGAUAGUCAUCUGCUUGUGGCUAAUAUGUCAAAUGUCACAACCAGACCAUUUUAUUCACCAACAAAAGGGGAAAUUCGUCCGUUUUCCAAACUCUCUGUUGCUCCUCGGGAUCCGAACCAUGACAUAAAAUCGGCAAAACUGAGUAAAGCACCACUAAGAACACCCGUGGAUAAGAAAUUGAUGCUACCACCAUCGAUGUUAGGUAUUUAUCCGUACGCUCGUAAUGCUGUUAUACAUCAACCGUCAACAAUCACACAACUUGCACGACAACCAUUGAUUCGUUUACCGAGUACAAAGAGUCGUAAAGACACUUAUGAUCAUUAA